AUGGGAGCUGCAGACUCGAGGGACGACCACUGGCAGAAGGACUCCGAGGCCCCCGAGUGCCGUAAGUGUGGCGUCACCUUCUCGCUUAGCAUACGGCGCCACCACUGCCGCAACUGCGGCUACGUAUUCUGCAAAAAUUGUUCGCCGUACAGCAGCAUAAUCCCAAUGCGAGGUGUUUACAUGCCAGUUCGCGUCUGCUCGGAUUGCUUCCACGCAUUGCGCAAGGAUGGUGGCGCUACUGCUUGUGGUGGCGAUAUCUCCGCGACGCAGCGCGGACCAUCGCUCACCUCUACAACGUACGAGAGCAACGACGGAAGUUACACGGGUCUUGACGCGCCCAUUAGUCCCAGUGCGGCGGUGGGCACCAACUGGGACGGCAAUAACAGCCAGUUUGUUGGGGCAGGCGGCGUGGAAACGGAAAAUGAAGCGUUGGCGUAUUACGACAGCUACGCACGGCCCACGGAAGUGGCAGCGGCAACGGCAUAUGUUGUGGGAGAUAAGACGGCGGCUCGCAUGGAGAAGGAGCGACUUUUUCAGUGCUGGAUGGAUGUGCGCCAGCGCGCCGUGUUUACGGAUAUAUUGUUGCAGCAGGUUGAGAGAGUUGAUGAAAAUACAGAAGUCGUGUAUUGUUUGGAAAUAGAAAACAUCAAAUUGCAGCCAGAGCAGCCUGAACAUCUUAAUGUCUUGUUUCCGUUUCCAGAAGGAGGGGAUGGGAAUGCGGAGCUCUUGAUGGAACCUGUUGAUUCCUGUAUUCCGGCGCUGCAGGGGGAAAGCGAGGCUGUCGACACUGCUCUGAAGCAGCUAGCAGCACAGCUUUCCUUGCCACCUGCUGUGGUGAUGUGCAAGAGUGACUCGGUGGAGUUGCGUCAGUUUUAA